AUGCACGUUGAGUCUGCCAGAAUCCUUCUGCUUGUAGUAAAUUACGAAUUGAAUAAUAAGCCAGAAAAUUUUACCAAACUGGAAGGACAAAGUAGUUUAGCCUCUGAGCUCGCAAAUUCUAUAAUGUCAAGUGAUCUUCUCCGGAUCUGUGAUCCAAGGGCUUAUUACAAUCAGUUUAUAUUGGAAGGCAUUUAUCCUGAUGGACGUCGGAUACAGGAUUUCAGACCUGUUACUAUUCAGAUGGGAAUAGCUCCUUCUUGUGAGGGAUCGAGUGUCGCAAAUCAGGGUGGUGCCACAAUAACUUGUAAAAUUGAACCGUUCCUAUCUCCUGUUUCCGACAUUCCAGUAAUUGUGCCACACUUAAAAGCAGCACCAGCUGUUCCUCAGGCUUCUUUAGACGAUGUCGAAGAAUUGUUAUGGCAGCUGGUUGAUCAAGAAGCGUUUAUUUCUAAAGAAAAUCUCAAGACGGCUAAUGGAAGAUUAACCUGGAUCUUACAUAUGGACGGAUUUGUUGUGGAUGCACUGACGACCUGUAUUGUUAGCGCCUUAAUGGAUUUAACACUUCCUGUAAUUAGCAUUGCUCUUGAUGACGAUGCUCCAUUGGAUCUUAAGGAAGUUUGUAUAAGUGAAGAACGGACAACUUUUGAUCUAUCAGAUAUUCCAGUAGCUUCAACGUUUUUAACUUAUGAGGUAUUUGGAAAGCAGGCAGAAAUUUUAUGUGAUCCGGGAGAGGACCUUUUUGCUAUCGCAGCUUCAAAUGUAACUGUUGUUGCUGGGAAUCAUUCACGACUGCACAAAAUAUCUCAACGAGGAGAGUGUUCACAGGAGUUAUUGCAAAAAAUGGUCAGUAUGGCUCUAGGACGACAAGAAGUAGUUGCUAAUUCGCUUUUGGAAGCGAGAAAGAAGCAUAUGAAGAAAAAAAAUAAAUUAUAA